UUUCAAGAAUUUAUUUGGAUUUGCUUUGGCACCACAAAUGUUUUCUCUUGUCACAAAAAGAGAAGAAAUGGAAAUUCUGAAUUCUCUUGACACUGAGGAAAACACGUUUCUAUUCCCCCUGACUGUAAAAAUAGAAAAUAGGGAUGAAGUGACCUGUUCCUACCCAACUCUUUUUCUGCAGUGCCCUUGACUGACAAAGAGAGCCAGCAAAGAACAUUGCUCUGAUUUAGACAUUUUUUGUAUCCUUACUAUGUAGGUCAUUCCAAAAGUAAUGCCUCCUAUUUAUUUCAAUGGAAACUACAAUAAACACAAAGAGUACAGUGACACUAUUUGAUAGAGCAAAUUCUCAGCUACAAAACACCUUUUUUCAACGUAGUCACCACCACAGAGCCCAUGUCAUCCCAGUGUCCGAGCUCAUAGAUUCAGAGAGAAUUUCUCUGGCCAGAAUAGGGUGGACAAGUCUCCAUGUUCCUGUGCUUUUGAAAUAAAUAGGAUUUACUUCCCUACUUCUCCAUCUGACUUAAAAAGCUAAAAAACCGCCAUGCUGUGUUCUUCAGAUGCCACAAAGAAAGAACCCAAGUCAGGCACAGCUGAUGCAGUUUUCCAUUCUUUUCUUCCACAUCUUGAAGAAUGUUCUUAUUAAUCUCUGGUGAAUAUCCAGGACCACUAAAAGCAGCAUCAAACCUUGUGAUUUCAUUAGGGCUGAAUGGCAGACCUGGGACACUCAUCUAACUACACAAAGCAGCAGCGCCCUCUCAGCAAUUGCAAUAAAAUGACAGUGAAGUCAUUUUGAUUGGGACACGGGACUAAUAAAUGAGGUGGCAGUGGACACAAUGACCAUUAAAGGACAUCUUGCCAUGUGGUUCAUGAGAGCUAGAAAAAUGUUCAAUAAUUUAUGGAUCUUCAGUUUUUCAGCAUUCCUUUAGGGACUCCAUUCAGGUUUGUUUCCCAGAAAUACUCAACAACUGCCUUCUGAAAGUCGCUCCACCUCAGUAGGGAGUUUAACAUUCAGAUAAAGUCUUCACCAUGAAAAAAAAACAAAAACAAACCCCGUUGACAAGCAAGUAUAAAUUUAGAGCCAUUGCAAUGCCUGCAUUUCUUUGGGUAGGAUAGUGAAAUGUAUGGCUUUAUCCUCAGAGAGAGGCUUGCUAUGGCAACAAUUUUAACAGUUCCAGUGAUUUUUUGAAAUAAUUUGGAGAAAGUCCUGCAAAGUGAUGUUUGUGUAAGGCAUUUUAGCCACACUUGGUUUUCAAGGGUUAACCCAGAUUGUGGAACCAAAGUGAAAGUUUUAAAAUACUGCUGCCAUGGAGAACAAAUGCCUUCAAAGAGCCUAUAGCGUAUGUUAUUUAAAAGAACACUGAAACAAUGUUCUGGUUUGAAUUAUUUUUCUUCACAGUACUUCUCUAACUUUAUUGCCAAAGAAAAGACUUCCAGAGCCAGUUUUUAAUCUUAAUUAUACCAGAUUCAAUCUGGAAUAUUUUCCUUGAAGUUGGAGUUACACCAGAUUUACACAAUGCAGAAUCUGUCCCAGUUUCCCCAUUAGACACUUUGUGUUUGUUUCCAAAGGAUAUUUGAGACUAAAACCAGAGAUACGCGACCAGAACAGCCACCAGUUUGAGGUCAAAGCCUACCUGGAUGCUUCCACUGCCUCAUUCUUGAGUGUCCCCUGAGCCAUCGCUUCCCAUCCUGGUUGGGGGGAGAGGGGCUGUACCUGCCUUUUCCUCAUCUCACUUUCUCAUUUCUCCCUCUGAAACCGCCCCACUCAAGUGAAGUGCAAACAACUAAGCGCCCUAAAGGACUCUCGACAAUGGACAGGCAAAUAAACACGUAACUGGAGCAGCAAGUAGUCCCUGGAGAAUGAGAUGAGGGACAGGCUAAAACCUGUUGACCUCAGACAAAAAGAAAAGCCUCAUUACUCAUUUAUCGAAGUGACAGUAAAGAGAGAAAGGAUUUUCCUCUACUUUUCAGUGUGUCAGUCCCUCCUACCUAAAGAAAGCCUCUGACCACCUCCUGGAACUGCUCUAGAUACAAAUUCUUGAUUUCCUCUGUCUCAGAACAGGGUUAUAAGAAUAACCUCAGUGUCACAUCUGAGAGCAGGAAAAGCACAGCACUGCAAGAAUGGCAGCUCCUACUGACGCACCUCCAGCACAGCCUCAGUGCUGCAGCAAAGAAGCAGCUCAGUUCAUUUCCCUGUCUGGAGUUUUUGCUGCGUGUCAGCACAGAUGUUUAUUAUUCCAAUCCCAAAUGGCUGAACUAGUUUUGAAAAGCACUGGGUGAAACUUGCAGCUUAGGAAGCCCAGUUUCGCAAGCUUUUAGGAGGCACUGAGGGCUUUCCCUCCUCCUCACCAACAGGAGGGAUGAGACCCAUAUUCAUAAUCUCCCCAUAUCACAUAAAAGGGAGGACAGUGCUUGUUUGCCAUAGUACUCAAGAGCAGAAAACAUCUGGGGAAGAGAAAGAUCCUUUCUGAAAGUCACUUGCUACUCAGAAACUGUGGCUUUAGCUUCAGUUAUGCUACAGCAGAUUGUUCCGAAGAUAUGAGUACCUGAGGAAAAGUUACCAUGGAAUGGUGCCCUCCAGAGCUGGGCACCUGAUGGUGCUCAGUUGCUGCAGCCCUUCCUUGCCCAUGCAAGGAACACGUGGUAGACAUGGGCAGUCCAGGCACAUCUAAGGACCCAAACCCAGGCUAGCUGUGUCCAGCAUAAGGGCAGUGUUGCCUCAGGCAGCUCCUCUGGGUACACCUGAAGGCCCUGAGCACAGCAGCCUGGAGGCAUAAAGCCCACCCCAAAAGGAGCCAGAAACAGAGCAGCCUGGCUCAGCUGUACCUGUACCUUACUGCAAACCUUUAAUUGUUACACUUCCAAAGAACAAGAGCAAAAAUAAUGGUCUGGGGACCUACGGAUCAAAACCAAACCUGGGCUGAACAAGCAGAGGAUGUCCUUUGAUUUCGGAGGGAAAACAUCUCAUUUGCAGCGGGGCAGAGACUGCUCUUGUAGCUUUGCUUGCCGCUUCCCAACAACCCGGGAGCUGCUGAGGGCCGGACCCGCAGGGAUAAAGCCCUCACGCUGCUCUCCGAACCCGCUAGCCCUGUAACCAAGACCAGCAAAACCAAGCAAACACCAUCCCUCUAAACCUUGCUUAAGCGGGUGCUAUUUAAGAGAUGAGUUAAUCAGCCCCAGCUGCGAGCCACAGGCGCGCACCCAGCGCUGCCCCCUCCCUAAUGCGGGGGGCGGGGGGCUGCCCGUGCCCGCUCUCCCGGCUGGGUCGGGCCGCUCCUCUCGCGGGCUGCGGUGCCCCCUAGCGUCCUGCUGCACCUCUCCGCCGCAUUGCCUCACCCUGAGCCAGGCUGGGACCGGAGCAGCCUGUUUAUUCUGCCCCGGCCUGAACGCCAGGGAGGGAGCAGAAGGAAAAACAAAGCCUAUUUCUUUUCUCUCUCUCUCUUUUUUUUUUUUUCUUCAUCACAAUGAAUAAAGCCUUCCCGGCUGUUUUGGCAACUUCUAAUGUCGAAAGCCAAAUGUAACACUGAAAGCAAAACAAUUCGACGUCGCGGCAGCAGCGGCCUUAGUGGGAGCACGGUGGGCACAGGGAGCUACCUUAAACACCAAAAUAAAGGUGGGGAGGGGAGGUUGGGGCCGGGGAGCUGCCUUUAGCUUCUUUUCUCCGGCUACUGCCCACCCGGAGAUACCGAAUCUCCGCUAUGCAGAUCCAGAUGAUGCUCGAACAAACAGAAUGGGGGAAUUGUGGAAAGAGUGAAAAAAUAACCUCCCGAUAAACUCCCGUGGACCGAGCAGCCCCGAUGGGGCCGACGCAUCCCUGCGCCUUGCUCCCGUUUGCCCCAGGCGGCCCUGGCGGCUGCGUUUUCCUUUCUCCGUGAUAGAUGUGAGCACAGAUUGGUAGUGACAACCGAGGAGAGGCCGCUCGGCUUUCUCCCUCUCUGGAGGUCUGACGGCUCUCUGCGCCAGGUUGGAGCUGCCCUACACAGUACUAGGGUUCUCGCUUUGGUGAAUGUUUUGUUAGGGCGGGACUGGAGCGGGCCGCCCCGUCGGGGCCCAUGGGCGCUGCGAGGCCGGAGCGAGACCCUGGGUGCGGGGCGGGGACGCAGACGGAGGGAGCGGCCCCAGCGCGGGCGCCACGGUGCUGUUCGGAACGUGCAGCUCCCAUCUGUUGCCACAUAAACACACGCUCCGGGAUGCCUGAUGCGGCAGCACGUCGGGGGAGGAGGGGAAAGCAGAGGGGGCUGCCGUGCUGAGAAUCCCCCCGCCCCCAGCCUGUCCUCUCGAUCCCACAUGGAAGCCGUUAACGAAUGCUCGAUAAUGAUCACGACAAAGGUAUUAUUCAAAUGAGGCAGGUAAUUGCAACCAGAAGGCGCCUUCUCCCCUUCCUUUUGCUCUUUCCUUUACCAAGAGCGCCUUUCGCAUCGCAUCCGAUCCCGGCGAUGCUCCAUCGGGGAUCGCCCCACCCGCACGUCCGCGGGGUCUCCGCGGGGCUCCCAGGCGCUGCCCACGGCCGCAUCCUCGCGGUGCUCGAAGCCCUCGGCUCCACAGAUGGGACUUUUCCAACUCAAAUUCCAGGGUCGGGCUGCUGCGUGUGUUCGCCCCCAGGCAGAGAAUCUCCGGGUGUACUGGUUUGUUUUGCUCCUUAUUUUUCCCCUAUGCUUUUGAUUCACUCGCAGCGUUGUUUAUUCACAAGCAUUCCGGUAUCCUGUUAGCAUUCCGAGCAGAAGCCACUCGCAGAUCCGACUCCGAUGGUUUCCUGCAGAAACAUGUGGAACCAAUAGCGGGGACGUGAGCUCCCCCAAGCCGGGGAAGCCCCGGAGCGGAGCGUGCCUGAGGCUGGCACCCCUUGAGCCGCACCGGGGUGCUCAGCCCCAGCCCCCGCGCACACGUCGGGAAUGGCGGCCUCGGUUUUGCUCUCGCUACAUUCGGGGUAUCUUCGCUUCGGAGGCUGAGCCUUAGGAUAGGACGGAGAAAACCCGCCUAGCAUCCUGUCGCUGGAAAUUGAGGACCAAAUUUUGUUUAAUGUUAAGCGGGAAAAAAGAGGUGUCAGACGGAGAGCAAGAGGCGGGCGAAGACACGGGCUCAGCUCCGAUGCCCUCCGUCCCCGGGGAGGCCGGGAAGCGCCGUGCUCGGGGCAGCACUGCCCUCUGCCCGCGGCCGCCGCACCGCCGCGCUCGGUGCCCGCGGGAGGAGCGGCUCCCGCUUAUCACUAGCAGAUAGCGGUUCGGCGGUACCCGUCGGGGAUCAAAGCUCGCCCCGAGCGGCCUCAGACGGGACGGGCUCUGUUGGCGAGGAGCGAACCAAAGAGGGAGAGAAGAGCUGUCCCGGUCCCGUCGGAACAGCAGGGCUCGGGACGUGCCGGCGGCGGUUACCUCUCGUUGCGGCUCUCACUCAUACCCACGAGGGCUCCGUCUCGCCCCCCGUGUGUCAGUGCCUCAUGCUCCCGUGCCUCGCACCGUCCGCCCGCUCCGUCCCGAACCCCCGCUCUGCCGCGUACAAAGGACACGAGGAAGCCGCCAAUUCGUUUCCAGCUCAAACCGCCCGGCCGCAGCCUCACACGGUGCCCGCGGCCACCGGGCCCGCCCCGCCGUCCUGGAGGAUGCGAGGAGGAAGGCUCGUUCAUGACAUGGGGAGCACUCGGAGUUUACAUGUAACUAUUUUUUUUUUUUUCUUAUAGAUUUUUUUUUCCCCCCGCAGUGCAAAACGCUCAGAUUCCCCCCUCCCUCCCCCUCGCCUCUGCCAUAUGGCGGCCGCCCCCUCCCCUGCGAGGCCGGGGAAGGCUGGAGGCUGAGGCUGUCCCCCUGCCUGCGUAAGAGCCUCCGCCCGCGGGGCCGGGGGCGCGGGCCGAGCCGGGGCGGCUCUUAUUGUGAAGGGGCCGGAGGGGGCUUCAUUUCCUGACAGCUAUUUACUUAAAGCAAAUGAUUAGUUUUGGAAGGAUGGACUAUAACAUUGAAUCAAUUACGGGACGCGGGUUGUGAGACCAUUGCAGUCGGAGCCGGAGGGAGGGCGAGCGGGAGGGAGCGCGCCUGAGCGGGGAGAUUCACAAAAGCCGUGGACAUAUUUUGGAUAUUUUACAAUCUGCAGGACGGAAUCUGCGCGUUAUAAAGGAGGAGGUAAGAGUUGUCGCUAGUUAUGGGUACUCCCCCAAGGACGUUCCUGAUCCUGGGAUGUUUUCUCACAGGACCGCUCCUAACACUUUGCCAGCUUCCUCUGCCGACUAUUGUUCCCAACAGAAAUGAGAUGGUUGUACAGCUGAAUUCCAAUUUCACACUCAAAUGCUCUGGAGACAGCGAAGUGAGCUGGCAGUACCCGGUGACAGAGGGAAGCCACAGGAUAGACAUCAGACACGAGGAGAACAACAGUGGCCUCUUCGUGACAGUGCUCGAAGUCGGAAAUGCCUCAGCCGCUCACACGGGCAUGUAUGUUUGCUAUUAUAACCACACGCAAGUGGAGGAUGGGGAAGUUGAGGGGAAGGACAUCUACAUCUAUGUGCCUGACCCAGACAUGCCUUUUGUUCCUUCCUUACCAGAAGACCAGUUCAUCCUAGUAGAAGAAGGUGAUCCCACCGUUAUCCCUUGUCGGACAAGUGACCCAAGUGCUGAAGUGACUUUGGUUAACAGUUUAGACAAGCCUGUCUAUGCUUUCUAUGACAGCAAACAAGGCUUCGUAGGGAACUUCCUUGCAGGACCAUACACAUGCAAAACAAUGGUUAAAGGCAUGGAGUUCAAGUCCGAUGAGUUCCUCAUCUAUAUUUUAAGAGCUACUUCACAGCUGCCAGUUGAAAUUGAAGCUAUGAAAACUGUCUACAAAACAGGCGAGACCAUCGUAGUAACUUGUGUGGUCUUUGACAACGAGGUGGUUAAUUUACAGUGGAAUUAUCCCGGCAAAGUGAAAGAAAAAGGUCUGAUAAAACUUGAUGAUAUCAAAGUCCCAUCGCAGAAGUUGGUUUACACGUUGACCAUUCCUGACGCAUCAGUGAAAGACACAGGGGAUUAUGAAUGUACUGCUCGACAUGCAACCAAGGAGGUUAAGGAAAAUAAGAAAGUAGUCAUUACAGUUCAUGACAAAGGGUUCAUUCAUCUAGAGCCUCAGUUUAGCCCUUUGGAAGCUGUCAAUCUACAUGAAGUCAAAAAUUUUGUCGUCGAUGUGCAGGCGUACCCCGCUCCAAAAAUGUACUGGUUGAAGGAUAAUGUGACUCUGAUUGAAAAUCUUACUGAGAUUGUUACUAGUUCAAACAGGGUCCAGGAAACACGGUUUCAAAGUGUACUAAAAUUGAUCCGGGCCAAGGAAGAAGACAGCGGGUACUAUACUUUGGUUGCUGAAAAUGAAGAUGAGAUUAAGAGAUACACCUUCUCGUUGCUAAUACAAGUUCCAGCCUUGAUCUUAGACCUCAUGGACGACCACCAAGGCUCUGCUGGCAGGCAGACAGUGAGGUGCUUGGCUGAAGGAACCCCGCUUCCUGAUGUGGAAUGGCUGGUUUGCAAGGACAUUAAAAAAUGCAGCAAUGACACUUCCUGGACUCUUCUGACUAACAAUAUCUCUGAUAUACACAUGGAAGCCCACCUGGAUGAGAAGAAUAUGGUGGAAAGCCAGGUGACCUUCCAGAAGAUAGAGGAAACCCUGGCUGUGAGAUGUGUAGCAAGAAACGACCUUGGUGCUGUUACUCGGGAACUGAAACUUGUGGCUCCCACCUUGCGAUCAGAACUGACAGUGGCUGCUGCCGUUUUAGUACUGUUGGUGAUUGUGAUAAUUUCACUGAUUGUCCUGGUCAUCAUCUGGAAACAGAAGCCAAGGUAUGAGAUAAGAUGGAGAGUCAUUGAAUCUAUCAGCCCUGAUGGGCAUGAAUACAUUUAUGUGGACCCAAUGCAGCUACCUUAUGACUCCAGAUGGGAGUUUCCUCGAGAUGGGUUAGUGCUUGGUCGAAUCCUUGGUUCUGGUGCAUUUGGAAAAGUGGUGGAAGGGACAGCAUAUGGACUGAGUCGUUCUCAACCAGUGAUGAAAGUAGCUGUGAAAAUGCUGAAACCUACAGCUAGAUCCAGUGAAAAACAGGCACUCAUGUCUGAACUGAAGAUAAUGACACAUCUUGGGCCCCACCUGAAUAUUGUGAACCUGCUUGGAGCUUGUACAAAAUCAGGUCCUAUUUACAUAAUCACCGAAUACUGCUUUUAUGGUGAUUUGGUGAACUAUCUGCACAAGAACAGGGACAACUUCCUCAGCCGACAUCCAGAGAAACCAAAGAAAGAUCUGGAUAUUUUUGGGAUGAACCCAGCUGAUGAAAGCACAAGAAGCUAUGUGAUUUUAUCAUUUGAAAACACUGGAGAAUACAUGGACAUGAAACAAGCUGAUACAACUCAGUAUGUGCCAAUGCUGGAAAGGAAAGAGGGAUCUAAAUACUCUGAUAUUCAGAGAUCUGUAUAUGAUCGACCUGCUUCAUAUAAGAAGAAAUCUUUGUCAGAAUCAGAAGUAAAAAACCUUCUUUCAGAUGACAGUUCGGAGGGUCUGAGCCUACUGGAUUUGCUAAGCUUCACCUACCAGGUUGCACGGGGAAUGGAAUUCUUGGCUUCUAAAAAUUGUGUACACCGUGACUUGGCAGCUCGUAAUGUCCUUCUGGCUCAAGGCAAAAUCGUGAAGAUCUGUGACUUUGGGUUGGCUAGAGACAUCAUGCAUGAUUCCAACUACGUCUCCAAGGGCAGCACUUUCCUUCCAGUAAAAUGGAUGGCACCUGAAAGCAUUUUUGACAAUCUGUACACAACGUUAAGUGAUGUCUGGUCUUAUGGUAUUCUGCUGUGGGAAAUAUUUUCUCUUGGUGGCACACCAUAUCCUGGCAUGAUGGUUGACUCCACUUUUUACAAUAAGAUAAAGAGUGGCUACCGAAUGGCAAAACCUGAUCAUGCAACCAAUGAAGUGUAUGAGAUCAUGGUAAAGUGCUGGAACAGUGAACCAGAGAAAAGACCUUCAUUUUACCAUUUGAGUGAAAUCGUGGAGAGCUUGUUGCCUGGAGAGUACAAAAAGAGCUACGAGAAAAUUCACCUGGACUUCCUGAAGAGUGAUCACCCGGCUGUCACUCGAAUGAGAGGGGACUGUGACAAUGCUUACAUUGGUGUCACCUACAAGAAUGAAGACAAGUUAAAGGAUAGAGAGAGCGGAUUUGAUGAGCAGAGGCUGAGUGCUGACAGUGGGUACAUCAUCCCCCUGCCUGACAUUGACCCUGUUUCUGAAGAUGAACUUGGCAAAAGGAACAGGCACAGUUCACAGACAUCUGAAGAAAGUGCCAUUGAAACUGGUUCCAGUAGCUCUACUUUUAUCAAGAGAGAGGAUGAGACCAUUGAGGACAUUGACAUGAUGGAUGACAUCGGGAUUGACUCCUCGGAUCUGGUAGAGGACAGCUUCCUGUAAUCCCAGACACCUUCUAACUGCACGUGGGGAAGCUUACUGUGCUGUCUACAGACUUCUGCUACACAGAGAAAACCACUUCAUUGCAAUGUCAAGGAUGUGAAGAGAAGAUGGAUUUGUACGGAGAGAUGCCCAAUGAUGGGCAAAGGAAUCAGCCUGAGAAUGAAAGAAAGAGAACUGUCAAAGAUGAAUUUUUUUAGUGUUGCUUCUUGCAGUACUUUAUGAGCAUCUCAGCAUUGUUUGCCAUUCCAACUGGUAGAGGACGACGGAAAGACCAUAAACAGACUAGUUUUGUGUUUCAAGGGCAUUCCUAUGACUUUGAUGGAUAGAAUUUCCACUGCAGCAAUACUUCAUCAUUGUAAUUAUGUAAAUAACUAUCAGCUCAAGGAUCUUUUGAGGUGCACAUUAAACACACUCAUGGAUUUUAGAAGAGAUCACCCAUGAAUUUUGUGCACUUUUUCCCUCAAUCUCAGUGUCAGCUGCUGUUGAACUAUCAUGUGAAUCGAAGAACAUGCAAAAACCACUUUUGGACCAAGAAGGUCUGAAACCACAAAAAACUGACCGGUACUACAAAACAUGUUACUUUUUAACAUUAAUGCAAGGGGAAUAAUAAUAAUAAUAAUAAUUAAAACCAGUCUAUAAUAGGCGUUAGAAACCUAGUAAGUCUUUAUUAACUAUAGAAGAUAGCUGUUUUCAUGAUAAUACUACUACUGUUUUCCGUAACACUAAGCCUGUAUUUUAUAAUUCAUUGUCCUUCAGUAAAAGUACAGUCACAAGAAACAUUAUUAAGUACAAGGAAAAAAAUUACGACCUGAAACCUGAAAAUUUGAUGAAACAACAUUUAUCAGGCCCAAAGAGAAUGAUAAUUACUCUGACUAGCUAAAAUGACUUUAAUAUGGAGAAGAAUUACAUCCUGUAAUACACUAAGAUUUAGUUUUCUAUUUUGAAUAGAGCAGCUUUUUAAAUCAGAUGUACUGGAAGCAAUUAUUGUCCUCCAAUUAAAUGAACUUCUAAGCAUUCAAAAAUUUUUUUUAAAUUUAAAUUUAUGCCAGAUUUCCAGGAUUUUGGAGGGUGGAAGAUUAUGAUAAACCAGCAGCAAAAUCCCACUGUUUGUGUUCCAAAGUUUCUCAAAUUUUAUUCCAUGUUUAGGUAUGAAAAAUCAAUUUUAUUUUUGAACAGCUCAAGGAAAGAAGACAUCUCUCCCAGGCUUGAACUCCAGAUUAUAAAAAGCAGAAACAGUUCUGCAACAACUAUCCUUGUCUUAGUUUUGAAAUUUAAACAGGAGCAGAAAAUUGACUAUUACCUUUGCAAACUCUAACUACAAAUAAUAAUUGCCUUCAAGUGUGCUUUCUGGAUGAAGGUGCAUGAAAACAAACCUGCUCUCAGCUUGCAAUAGUCAUUUUUUGACACCACUUACAAGAGCAAAGUAUUAUGAUUACUGCUAUCACUGUUAUUGAUAUUUUAUGUUUUGGAAGACUUACAUGUGAAAGAAAGGUACAUCACUGCAAAGGGCUCCAUCCUUUCUGGUGCUCAUCUUUUGAACUUAACUCUAAUUCAGUGCGAUGAGUGCCUAACAGGGCGCGCUCAGCAUCUGGUAUGGCAGAACCAAUGCAAAUGUGGUACAAACUCGUCCCUGCAUUGCAGUAUUCUUCCUAGGAAGUAUGAAAGAUGGACCAGCAGCAAUUGACAACACACACUACCUGGAUCUGAAUAACAAACUGAACUUUACCUUGAAAUGCCGCUAAGGAAAACUACACAACUCCCCAUCACUUCAUUUGUGGAUGGUUGUGGAUGGAAGAAAAAUAAAUGUAAUAUUGUCAUUUCUACAGGCAACUAAUUUUGGCUCUGAGUUUCAAAAAUGUCACCUGGCUGCGGCCAUAUACAAAUGUCCUGCAGAUGUGGAAACGUGACCUGAAGUGAGGCACCUGCAUUUUCAGCCCUGGUGAUGUUUGACAAUCAUAACAAACCAUGAGAAUGACAUGUUCUCCUUUCUCUGCAGUCAACAGACCAAUACCGAGUGUCAUUCUGAGCUCCAUAUGGGGACAACUGUGAAAUAUAAAGACUCUUGAUAUAGCCUGGACACACAAGAUGGUAUAAAGUCCCCUUCCAGUUAUGAACUAUAAAUUGAGGAAACACAAAUUGUCUAUUGGAUAUCCCAGAUAUCUGAAUGGCCAUUUGAGACCACACAUGCCUUAAUUUGCAUGUGUAGUCAUUACAACUGCAUGCUCAAAUUAGGCAAGUGAUUUCACCUGCAUUUUUGCACAUGGCCCAGUGUUCUUUGGAGUUUGAAAAUCAGGCCUGGCAUGUUUUACCAUACCAGUUACUGGAAUACAAGGACAUUUUCCCAUGGUCUCCCCUUCCCCUCACUGAUUUCAUUCUGUAUUGCACAACAUACUUUGGGGCUAGACCCAAAUGGUGGAUGUGGACCAGAGCCUUCUCACUUUAUGAUGAGUGAUAGAGUUAAUUUUCUAUCCGCUUAUGAGUGUUUGUGUACCUGUGGCAAGAGUCUAGCCAAACCCAGUUCAUUUCAGGGUGGAAUCCAAUAAACUUGCCUAUAAACUGGAAUGAGAGGCAGAGGCAGAGUGGGGUUUAUUAGAGAGGGAGAAGGGGAGGAUAUGAUUCCUUUAGUUUUACAGUAUUUUCAGUAUUACCAACAUUUUAGUUUAUGGCUUAAUUUUUGAGAAGCCACUGGAAAACAUAUUCCCAAAUCUUACUCUAGGGUAAUUGUAUAAUGACAAUCAGUGUUAGCCUAUCACAGCAUUUGAUUUGGAAUGGCCAACCAAUUCCUUACAGUGUGGUCUGCAGCUUGUACAAAAUGGUCCUAAUACAUGGAGAAGGACGUGAGAUAUGGUGAUGUUAUACAUCAAUAUGUAUAUAAGUAUUUUUAUAUAGACUUUUAGAAUACUGCCAAAACAUUUAUGACAGCUAUAUCACUGCCUUUGUUUAUAUUUUUUUUUUACUGUGAUAUAUUCCACAGGCACGUUAACUGUUGCACUUUGAAUGUCCAAAAGUUAUAUUUUAGAAUAAUAAAAAAGGAAGUGUUUCCAAAAUGGUGGCUGUUGUGAAAUAUUUGAAGAAGGGCAAACUAGCCUGAGUGAUGGUAGGCACAAAAUGUAUUACAAAAUGCCCCUGUUGAUACUUUGUCUUUGAAAAAUCAAAUCCUGUAAAUUAAGAUCUCUAUAUUUCAAUAAAUGAUAUAUAAUUUAAGGA